UUUUUGAUGAUACAACACAUCGUUUUGACUCUCUAUUUAUUUGGAACUGAUUUCUUUCUUUGCAAAGUUUUAUUUUGUUUGUAAAAUGAAUCAUGGUGAGGACAGAGAAAAUCUCAGCGAUUUUCUUGGAGAAGCUGAGCUUCAACAAUAUUAUGAACUCUUCAGGGACAUUUUGAAGGUCACGAAAGUGUCCCAACUUAAAUUUGUAGUGACCGAAGACUUGGUUCAUAUUGGACUAUCGAAGCCAGAACAGCGCCGAUAUAAAAAGAUAUAUUCGAAAUACUUUGCCCACUCAUACAUUCACAAAAUAAAGAAACUACUUACCUCAAAUAAAAAACAUGAAACUCACUUGCCAGCCCAUUCAUCAAUGGCUUUAGAAUUACCACCGUUUCCGGAGACUACUUUCAAAGUUCCUACCAAGCACAUCAUCUCUAUUGAAGACAUAACCAUCAAUAAAGAAUUGGGGAUGGGUCAGUUUGGAGUUGUUCAACAAGGCACCUGGUCGACUGGAAAUCAGAGGCUGCAAGUUGCCAUAAAAUGUUUGGGUCAUGAGCGCAUGACUUCAAACUCCACGGAGUUCCUUAAAGAAGCAGCGGUUAUGCACAGCAUCGAGCAUCCAAACAUUGUUCGACUGUAUGGUGUGGUGCUGCACUUGGACUCGCUAAUGCUGGUGACCGAGUUGGCUCCGCUCCGCUCGCUUCUCGAGUGCAUCCGUGAGGUGGCGCUUCGCCCUAACUUCCCUGUGCCGAAUCUGUGUGAAUUCGCCGAACAGAUCUGUGAUGGAAUGACUUAUCUGGAAAAGAAAAGACUGAUUCAUAGGGAUUUAGCGGCAAGGAAUAUCUUAGUGUUUAACAAAGAUCGCGUCAAAAUUUCCGAUUUUGGUCUGUCCCGUGCUCUGGGCGUCGGCAAAGAUUACUACCAAACAAACUACAAUGUCAAUCUGAAAUUGCCUGUCGCUUGGUGCGCCCCUGAAUGCAUACUUUACUUGCGCUUUACGUCAGCAAGUGACGUGUGGGCAUUCGGAGUCUGCUUAUGGGAGAUGUUCACUUACGGCUUCCAACCCUGGGCGGCUUUCUCUGGACAGCAAAUCCUUGAAGCCAUCGACGCUCCCAAUUUCCAGCGACUGGAGUGUCCGGAGUGCUGUCCGGAAGACUACUACUCUACGAUGCUUGAGUGUUGGUCGCACGAUCCCAACGAUCGACCGAAGUUCAGAGAUCUGAGCGGGAGGCUGAGGGAUUUACGUCCCGAACAGGUGCAAACAGUAGUCGGGUUUUCCAAACCCGAGGAUGGCCGCCGGAGCAACUUGAUCGAGUACAAGAUUGGACAAAUCAUUACGGUUUUGGGGAAAGAAAGCAUGACCAAUUCAUCAAUGUGGUAUGGAGUGCUGCCCGCCGGCGCUUGCGGUAUGUUCGACCCCGCGCAUGUGAAGCCCUACUCCGGGCCCGAAAAGCUAUCCAUGGCGUGUUCCCUCUCGCCUCAUCCGAUCCGGAGUUCCAUCCGGGCGCGGCCCUCGCUCCUGCGGUCCGACGUCAAACGUCACACGUAUACCGGCAAGAGGACGAUUCAGAGGAGCAUGAUAUCAAGCCCUCAAGGUGACGUCAAACACACUGGACACGUCGGCUUGGACGGCGCGUACUUCGGAGAUAUUUCCUUCCUGGAUCCGGCUGGUUGCCCGCCGCGUCAAGUCGUGACACCGUACAAGCCAUCUGAGGACUUGGAGCAGAUGCCGCUCCUCAACCCCAACUCGCCGUCCCAUCUGUCUGCGGCGUCGUGCACGCCGCCCUAUCCUCUGCUGAGCCCUGCGCGCACGGCGAGGACCUGCGACGAAGUGGAUCUACCCUCCACUUCCAAAGCAAAAAGCCAGAAAAAACCAACCCAUCACUCGUUUGAACCAACCACCAGCAAGAGUCUAUUGAACAAGGUGAAGUCAGCGACCAUCGGACGUGCACAUAAGAGCGAAGAUAUCACUCGAACUGACGAAGUCCACGAGUAUCACGAAAUAUCCGACACAGAUACGGAUAGCAUUGCUACGGAAAACGCGAGGGCCGAAGGCUUGGCGCAGCCCGAGAGCCCGGGGAUACCAAAAACCUACGGCGAUUUCAGCCAAAGUUUGCUGGACGAGAUGGAGUCCAUGUUUCGCAGUUACGACGGCAGACGCCGAGAAGAAGCUGGAGCUACAAGCAAACACGUUGAUUCGGAUACAGAAUUGAGGACACACACAUUAAACAAGAACGAAAAAAAGAAACACAAUGAAACCGGAACCAUGAAGUUGAUGUCUGCCCACGAUGAGAAGACCCUGGACACAGCAUGCGCUUUGGCCAAUGAACUGACCACCAGGUCGAUGACGGACCUCGACAACAGAGCGCCCAGCUCUCCCAGCGACCGCUCCAAGUUCCACUUCAAGUUCCCUUCGGUGGCACUGCACCACGCGCCGCAGGAGCCUGACCGCGAGCCCUACGGAAAACCAGAACGCCGCAACUUCAGCGAGGAAGCUAGCCGAGUACCGGACAUUCAAGAGUCAUUCACCGAAGAGAGCAAGGCGGCGUAUACGAGUCUGAUCGAGGAGCCGACUCCAUCUACGUCGAUGAGGCCGCAAAUGGUCUCGGAGCCCAGGUUUACGGAGUCCAAGUGUGGGACCAUCCCGAAGCAAGGGCCUCGCCUACCCGCCAGGAACCAGUUCAACUCGCUGCAGGUCCCUAAGACUUCAACUUCAACUCACAGGCAACCAUCUCCAAAACGUGCCAGCGGUCACCAAAACUUCGAACAAGAUAGCGUGAACGAACUGCCGCUGCCUCCGCGUGCAAACAAGCCCAAGCUUGUUGACAAGCCACGUCACAUCAGAAAAUACCCGUUGCUGCUGCCCGAAAGGGAGGCCAGGCCCGCAGACACCGGCCCUCCGGUCCAGCCGCGCCCGAUCAUCUACCAGAACGCCGUCACCCAGCCAAAGAAACACCCCGCCCCAAAGAAAGGAACGGACGCUCUCGACGGACCGGGCCCGUCCAACAUCAACCCCUUCCAAGACGUAGCGGGACCCAGCUGGGCUAACCCGUUCGAUGGCUACGUAGAACCGGUGCAGUUCGAAGACGACUCUGACAGCGACGGAAUGGCCGAAGCGGCGGCAGCACAAUCUUUAGUGCGAGACUGCUCAGACCACGUAUCAGUAGAGGAUUUACUGGAAUUCGCAGAUCAGAAGCCAUGCGGACGCCAGCGUGGCGUCGAGUCGGAUGAAGUCAGGAUCAUGUGCAAAGUCCUCAAACAGCAGGUGAGCCCCGAAGAAUGUUUGCAAGCGCUAGAGCUGAGCGAUUGGAACGUCCACAACGCGAUCAAGCUGAUGAGAGUCAAGCUCACGGCGGGGCCCGACGUCGCACUGGAGGAGUGUGGGGCCCAACUGGCCACGGCGGCGGGGGACAUCGUCAAGGCUCUGGCCGCGCUCAUGAUCACUAAGCCUGACAAGUAAACUUAUAUCGUCAUCAGCCGGCUGAUAAGUAAACGUCGAAUCGAAAUUCCUAUAUCAUCAGAAGCUAUGGUCGGGCUGAUGAUCUUUAAACCUGCUGACAAGUAAACACUAAACUAAAGGUAUAUUGCCUUGGUAGGCAGAUAAUGAUCGAAUAUCAUAGUCACAAGCUCUGAUCCCGCUGAUGAUCAAAGCCGGCUGAUAAGUUAACGGAAAACUUGUGUCACCAAUUCAUCAUAAACGGGAAACUUAUCGCCAUGAGCCAGCUGAUAAGUAAACAGGGAAUCCUAUAUCAUCAAAAUAAGCUGAUAAGUAAACUUAUCUUCAUCAUUAUGAUCGUGAAAAUGCGAUUACGCUCAAGAACAGUAUUGAUAUUUUGAUAAACGCAACGGUUAACGAGUGAUCUUCAUCAUGAUCAUCUUGAUUGUUAAAAUAUCUCAUUGACGUUUUGAAAAACUUUUUUAAAUCAUAAUUUGGUGUACGUAUGAAUUCUAAAUGUUAUGCGUUAUAUCAUUAGAGUAACAUUAUCUAAUGGUUAAAAAUUUGAUGGUAGUAGUAAAUAAGAUAAUUCAGGAAUACAAUAAUAAUACUAACAUAUAACACCAACUUUUCGAAUUAGCGUGUUUCUAUCUUGGGAUGUGAUUUAAUAUAAUUAUUUACAUUGUUAACAUACGAAAGCGGCAAAUUUGUCCCACCCCUCUAAGGCUGUGCGUAAGCUCAGAAGUUCUAUCAUAAUAAUAUGUGCAUAGGAGCGUACGCGCAGCUUUUCGUAAACCAUGUCCAAUAAAAUAGUGUUGUCUAUUGUUUUGCCUUCUCUUGUCUUUUAUUGCGACAGGAGAAAACAAAACACGUUUUACUAUUAACUUGAUAAAUAACGUUUAUUUAAUAAAUGUUUAUAAAGUAGUACAUGGAUGGCGUAGACAUCGAUUUAGUCAAUUUUUGAGAAUGUUCGUAACCUUUUUUGACUACAUAUCUAUUUGAUAUGUUUUUGAUUAACGUGCUAUUUAAUAGAUGUUAUUGUUGCUCAUGCAGUUAUAUCAUUAUUGUCGUCGUAGUCAGCGUCAAAAGUGACGGCUCUUCUAGAAUCCAAGGAAUAACUUUAAACCCUUUUGAAAUCUCCACUCUGAUUAGAGCGCUGGUCGCGCGAUAACUGUUUUUACAUACAAAACAUGCAAUAAAUGUGAAUCGACAAUAAUUUACAUUUGCUCUUCUGUGUGUUUUGUUACUUUUGACGCUGAAUUUAUUAAUUAAUUCGUAAAUUAAAUAUAGUAUGAAAAGAAAAUGGUGGUGCAGAACGUGUAUUUUAGUAAGUGCGCCGGAACUGACUGAUUGAGAAUAGGUAUUAUGUAUUUGAAUGUCACUGCGUAGAUGCAGUUGUUAGGGGUAUAAAAUAUAAAUUAUACAUGUAACUAUUACGUAAUUAUAGUAUUUGCGGUUCGCGGGGCGUAGGUACUAAUGCUGUAUUGUAUUUACCCCCGGGGAAGAGGCGAAGCGUGUCCCUCACUGAUGAGGACUAAUUAUAGUGUUCCACCACAGACUGCGAUCAUGAGGUGUGGACCGAACUAUGCAAACGAAGUGUGUUAAGGAGCUAGAAAAGGAAGAGCUACUAUGCAUUUAUUGAGUUAGGCCCACUGGCAUAUCAUAUUCACUUUCGAAUAUUUCUAAGAAUAUUUAAAAUAUAAAUGUUUAGAGUUAAGAGGCAUUUAAACACAUUUUUGCUGUUAUUGAUAAACAUAAACUUUCUUUCUUGACUAAUAAGCCGAAAAUCAAUAGAAAUAAUAAUAUGAGUGUAGCAGUGCAGUGGGCCUUGUAGGACUUUACACGUAAUGUGUAGAUUGUUAGCUUUACAAUUCCUGAUUUGCAGAGCUGAGCUCAUGUAGGACUAGGAGAUAGCUUUAUAUGUGUGUUUAUAUUAUACAGGGUGGCCAAAACAGUGAGGUCUAAAAGAAAAAUUUAGAUUCCUUACAUCGAGGUGUACCUAAAUCACCCCCAUGUAUGUAAUACGAUUGUGCAUCGUUUAGGAGAUAGAGGUAAUUUUGUGAUAUUUUCAAAUUUUGUGACCUAGUAGGCUUUAAACAUUUUUAUCUUUUUUUUGGGUUGACUUUUUUCAGAUUUCUUUUUUUCGACAGAUUUGUUAUUAAUUGCAGAUGUUUGAAAAAAAAAUAAUCACCUUCCUAUCUUUGAUUCAAGAUACAAAAGUUUUGCUAGAAACAUUAAAAUUAUGCUUUUAUCAGAACACUAUCAAAUUUUCAACUUAAAAGUUGAAGUAAAAAAAAGAACUUCCAUAGGUCCAAAACCAUUUUAAAAACUGUGCCGUUUCCUGAACAUUCAUAAUAAUACAAAAAAACAUGUACUUAAUGGGUCACUAUUUCCUGUAAUCGGUCCACUAAAGUGGUAAGUCGGAGUUUCCGUUACAUGUUUUUGACUUUCUUAGAGUGAAUUAAUAUUGGGAAUCCUCUAAGUUUACAUUACGUAGAACAGAUUUAGAGCCGUAACUGGACAGAACAUGUUUUUAUUCUCAACGAGGAAGCUCUUGCCCUUCAUCACACCUGGCGGAAACUGAUGAUUAGGCUGAAGGUGGAAGGGAACUUCAACUACUAAGGAACUAUGGCUUCCUACCUCCAAAUGCCGGAAUACAGUAAUGCUAUUAACAUUAUUUUUAUAGUGACUGACUUUGGAAAAUAGAGUUGCUAGCCAGGCAGACUUAGACCAAACCCUACCACCAACCAAACCGAGCAGAAAAUUUCACCUCCACUGGGAAUCAAACCCGGGACCUUUGAAGCUUACCUCUUACCACUUGAAGACAGAGGCAGUUGUUACAUGUUACUAUUGCCCUUGAAAUACCUACUGCAGUGAGAAGAAGAAGGAGGGAUAUUUGGUUUAUGUUUAUUAAAACUUACUUAAAAUAACAAUGUGUUCCGGAAUUUGGAGGUAGGAAGCCAUAGUUCCUUAGUAGUUGAAGUUCCCUUCCACCUUCAGCCUAAUCAUGAGUUUCCGCCAGGUGUGAUGAAGGGCAAGAGCUUCCUCGUUGAGAAUAAAAACAUGUUCUUUCCAGUUACGGCUCUAAAUCUGUUCUACGUAAUGUAAACUUAGAGGAUUCCCAAUAUUAAUUCACUCUAAGAAAGUCAAAAACAUGUAACGGAAACUCCGACUUACCACUUUAGUGGACCGAUUACAGGAAAUAGUGGCCCAUUAAGUACAUGUUUUUUUGUAUUAUUAUGAAUGUUCAGGAAACGGCACAGUUUUUAAAAUAGUUUUGGACCUAUGGAAGUUCUUUUUUUUACUUAAACUUUUAAGUUGAAAAUUUGAUAGUGUUCUGAUAAGAGCAUAAUUUUAAUGUUUCUAGCAAAACUUUUGUAUCUUGAAUCAAAGAUAGGAAGGUGAUUAUUUUUUUCAAACAUCUGCAAUUAAUAACAAAUCUGUCGAAAAAAAGAAAUCUAAAAAAAGUCAACCCAAAAAAAAGAUAAAAAUGUUUAAAGCCUACUAGGUCAUAAAAUUUUAAAAUAUCACAAAAUUAACUCUAUCUCCUGAACUAAGCACAAUCGUAUUACAUACAUGGGGGUGAUUUAGAUACACCUUGAUGUAAGGAAUCUAAAUUUUUCUUUUAGACCUCACUGUUUUGGCCACCCUGUAUAUAUACACGAUCCCGUUACAUGUAUAAAAACCAUACACAUCAACCGCCAGAUGAACAGUAUUACGAAUUAUCAUAAAUGAAUUUAAAAAAAUAGUUUUUAGUAAAAGCUGGUCUUUUUUAAAUGCCUAUAUUUUUGUAGUGGCUUUAUAAAUACAUUAUACAAUUAUAUAUUUUUUAUAAGGUAAAUAGAUGGAAAUGUAACGGGAUCUUAGACUUUAGAGUAGUAUCUUACGGUUGUAACAUAUGAUUAUAACCUCGGUAGCCAUUUGAGUUUUUUUUUUUUCAUGUUGCCAAUAAUAUUUGUGCGUAGGUUAGCCAUAAUUUGCCGUAUCUAAAAUUCCCGUGAUAGAUCUCAGAUCUUAUUAUACUUACGUGCAGCUAAAUGCUAUCGAAUUUUUUUUUUUUUUUAAUUUUACAAUUUUUGUAGAUAACUAAAAUUUAAUCGUAUAUUUAUUCUAUGUAUGUCGCAAAUAUUUUAUAAUCGUAGUGUGGAAAUUACGACAAUAUUCUGCUAUAAAUAUAGUAAUAUUGUCUAGAAUUUAAUCAACAAAAAUAAUUCAUAUUACCAUCUUUGUGACAAUAUUGCUGACUUGACUGAAAAUGAAGGCGCGAAUAAUGCGUCUUUCUUUAGCGUGGUGCUAGAGUGUAUUGAAAGAAUAUAUUUAUUUAUUGUAAAACGCAUUUUACAGUAUGAUCAGUAUUGUUAGCGAUAUCUUGAAUAUUUUGCUAAAUUGGUAUUAUUUUACAAUAAUACAGAUAGGUAUAGAGGACGAUUUGGGGCAGUGAAGUGAAGGAAGGUUUUCUGCCUCUCUAUACUGUUCCGUUUUUAAGAAUACACAAAAAAAACCUUUCCCUUCGGCUUUUCCCUGUAGUUUCAAAAAAGGAAAUUAUAGCGAAUAGACUAACAUAGUGCGAAUAAUUCAUAUCAGAGGUGCUUUGCUAUCGAAUAUUUCAAAAAACAUUUACGCAAUUUGUUGAUGUGUGAAACAUGUCGAAUUUAUGUGCUAUAUGUAUGAACUUUGAAUGUAUAAAAAUAUUCACUUUUGGGAAGAGCAAUUACAUCAUCAUCUUCCUAUAUAAAUGAUUUAUGAAAAAUACUGGAAAUUAAUGUUGAUGAAGUAUGUACUUUCGGCAAUGUUUGGCUAGGGACCUCGAAUAUCCUGGUAAGCAAGGUAUACGAAACUAAUAACAAGACUAAAUUUUAACUAUUAAAAAAAUAACUGGCGUUCCUAAAUAUCUUAGGCCAAUUAAAUGUAUCUUGAUGUGAAGACGAUAUUACAUUUCGGAUAUUUGUUAGAUACUAAUUGUACUGCUUUUAAUGUUUACAAACGUGAUGUAGUCUUUUGUAAACUGCAGUAUGUGCACUUGUAGAACGCAUACAGUUGAGGAAAACAUAUGCAUAAACAAUUAACGUUCGCAAGUAGUAUUACAUUUACAGCACAGUCGAGUUCAUAAAUAUAUUGGCAGUGCCCAGUGCUUCAAAAUAUUGAAGUGCAGUAGUGCAAUUAAUUAAUGAACAGUUUUAUGUUUCCACUCUAUUGAUUGAUAAAAAUCAGCAUCCAGGCAUUCGCUUAUGAUACAUGCUGAGACGGAGACUUUUUGCUGCCGCAACUCUGCUCGCAUUUAUUUUUCUUUAAUUUAUUAUUAUAUUAAAUGUGCAUUAAUUAAUUUACUUUUGUUAAAAAUUUAUGUAACUGUGUGCAGCAAAUAAAUUAUUACUUACUUACUGAUGUUUAGUUUGUAUUGAAAAUGUGAUCGUUAAAACGCUAACAAUAUUUUGAAACAUUGGCACUGCCAAUAUAAAGUACUUCACUCCUACUCUCUAGUAUUAAUUCAAAUCUCUGUCUAGCUAUAAAGUUUAAAUUCGCUUAGGAAUAAUAGGAUAUAUUAUGAAUAAUAAAUGUGUGUAGUACUCUUCACUUCACUACAAAAACUAUCAGUGCACAUACUGAUCAUAUUGAUGUACUUAAAUGUGUAGGUUUUUAAUGUAGUAUUUGUAGAUUAUAAGACAACCGUGAUUGGUAUGUCAAACAAUAAUGUAUGAACUCACCGUUUAUCGAAUAUCUACUAAAGUCCGAGCGCUGUGGUAUGGUGUAGUUGAAUGUGACAGUUUAUUGAGAAUUUUAUUAGUAAAAUUUUAUCGAAUUAGAUCCUCAAGAGCUAUCAACAUGUUUAAGCUUUUAAUACAAAUCUAGUCUUUGAAACUACAGCAUGACUUUUUUAAACAAGACCUUCUGGUCUUAAAAACUUAAUUAAUUUUAAAUUACCUGUAAAUUAAGAUUUUUGGUUGCAUUGUAUGUAAUUGAAAAAAGUAGUUUGAGUUGACAAGAUAGUGACGUCACUGGCUAGUAUUGCCAUACAAAAUAUAUGGUAGUCUCGUUUUGACAGUUUUAAAAAGUACGUCAAUUGAUUGGUGGUAGCAAAUACCCUAUUGCCCAUAUUUUAUCGACACAAAGAAACGUGUGCUUCAAAUUCGCACCAUUGAAGCCAUUAGACAGAAUAAUAAUAAUAAUUGAUUAAAAACUCAUUUAUUUCUGUAAAUAGGCUUAAAAAAAGCACUUUUACUUUUUUUGAUUUGACUGACAGCUGUCACCUGCACCAGGCUAGAACGCACGAACUUUAUCCAACCACUUUUCGGAAACCUCAUAUUGCUGUAAACGAAGCAGUAGAUGAUCGACUCCUUUAAAUCUAGUCCAAAAGCAUUUAUGUUAUGUUCUUGCACCUCACGAAGGCGAGUGAACUUUACUUGUGUGUACGUGUACAUGCACAUUUCCAUAGUGCGAUGUCUGUCAAAACUUUUGAUAAACGAACGAUCAGGGGGCUCAGAGUGUGAGUUUACAUCAAACGUAUUCAAUAAGAUUAAAUGUAUGAUGGAUUGUACAGCGUCCCUAACGGAUACUUUCAUGAGCUAAACACAAGUAUCGUGCGAUUCGCGCCGCUAAUUACAAGAAAGUACUGUCUGCAUGUAAAAAUGCAUGCAUGUUUGCAGCGUUUAUAAAAGUUUAUACAGGGUGUUAGGUAAAUGGGUAUAUAAGCCGACACUAGCCCAUGUUAACAUGGUCAUAUAAAUGGUAUGGUGAAGUCAGAAAAUUGAUAUCUUCAUUUUAACUAUUUUAAUUUUCAUACAAAUCGGAUUUUGUAAAAUUUAUUUUGUAUGAAAAUUAAAAAAAAUAAAAUCAUGAUAUCAAAUUUCUGACUUCACCAUAUCAUUUAUAUGCCUAUGUUAACAUGGGCUAGUGUUGGCUAAUAUAUCCAUUUACCUAACACCCUGUAUAAAAUAUAGUAUUAUCUAAAACAUUCUCUUAAUUUUUUUUACUCGACUGCCCCAGAAGGAGGGUUAUGUUUUUUAUGUUAACCGUAUACGUUCAUGUGUUACACACACACACAUUGACGCGUGUACUGAUAUGUGAUUAACCACAUGUAAAGCUCACUCGCCUUUGUGAAUUGCAACAACUAAGGGUGGAUUCGACCAAACAAGAGUAAAUAAUAAUCUCAGAUUAAAUUGUCAGUUUUCCCAUACUGAAACUGUCAAUGUGGCAGUUAUACCAGGAGUUAUUCUCGGAUAAAAGUUUGGUCGAAUCGGGCCUAAAUCGAUAUGGAAUCAUAUACACGGUGCUACUUUGGUAUCCUUGCCAUAUUCACAGAGAUAAAAGUAGGGAACAACACCUAUUUAUUUUAGUCAAGAGACUCCCAUAAAAAAGCACACAGAGUUGCGCCACCUAACUUUAACCGAAACUAUAACGUUAACCGGUGUUUAAUGUAUGGAGUUUGACAGAUUUUUGACGUUUGUCAAAGUCAAAGUAAGAUGCACCAUACACAGUUUUUAGUUUGGGUUUUUAGUAAAUUGGAAUAAACGUCAGCUUUUUACAAAAGUGUCAAAAAGAAUUUCGAAAACAAUAAAUUGCCAUAGAUACCAAUUUAAAAAUAUAAAAUUUUAGGGCAUUUUUUUUACUUUUUAGUGCUCAGUGUCAGUUAAUAUACCUAGUAAAUAUGGCAAGAAUGCAAAGUAACAUCGUGUAUAUAAAGUUGCUAUAAAAUUGUCCUACUUAUAAAAUUUCAAAACUAAACUCGAUUAAUAACAAAAUGUUUUAUUCCAUAAUUAAAACAAUGUGCGCAUCUAUAAGUAUCCAUUUUUCAUAACAUAAACACAUUCUAAUAUCUGUAAAUAGGUGUCUAAUUUGUUUUAGUAUAUUCCCAACUUAUUAUAAGUAGGUACCUACGUAUUAUCUAGAUGUUGUGUGUGUCAAUUUUCUAAUAAAAUGCAUUCUACGAAGAACUGCUCAAAAUCAA